UCAAAAAUGGUAGUCGUUUCACAUUACACUACCUUAGGAGUACCCAUAUACGCAACCAAAAGGGAAAUCCGUAAGGCUUAUCAUAAAUUGUUCCAAGAAAUUACUAAUGCGUUCGAGGUCCUCUCUGAUCCUGAAAAGAGAUUUAUUUAUGACUGCAAAAAUAACCCUCCAAAUCCAACAACAGACGAUGCCCCAAGUCUGCAAAGCAUGCGACAAUACGGGUCGCUUUGCGACAAGUACAAACAAAAAAAAAAAAAGAAAGUAUGUAUCGAUUGUGUUGAAUGCAAUGGUACGGGUUCCAUAAACUGCUUUGCCGAAUGCCCUUACUGUCAGGGACUCGAAAUGACUAAAACCAGUGCUUUUAUACAAAUCCCAAAAGGCAUAGCGAACAAACAUCAAUUAAAAUACUACAACCUUGGUAACUAUCUACCCGAUAAUACAACUAGAGGAUCCUUAUAUGUCACAGCAAUUGUUGAAAACGAAAGUGGUUAUUUUAGGCGUAUAGGUGAUGAUCUAUACGCACUUGUCAAUGUUUACCUGAGAGAUGCUUUGAUGGGGGUGGAUUUGAAUAAAACAAUUAAACAUCUUGAUGGCAGUCCCCUCAUUAUCGGUCUAGAAGAGGGUGUGGUGAUAACGCCUGGAAUGACAUUAGUAAAAAAAAACGAAGGCAUGCCAAUUUACAGUGAAACCAACAGCCAAAGAGGAGAUCUAUAUAUCACCUUUGAAGUCAAAUUCCCCACAACGAUCAACAUCCCCAAGAGUAAAAAAGUGAGAGAGGGUAUCGAUCUCAUGUUUGAAGCAGGAGAAAAAGAGGCAAUGCAAUCAAUGUAG